AUGACCGGAGCUCGUGUGCUGGGGGCCGCGCUGCGUCGCGUCGGCCGGCCAAGGACCGAAGGAGGCGGCGUUCAGCGGACCCUGAUUGGAAGCUCUCAGAAUGAACGUUCGUCAAGCAUACCAAGGCCCGUCGGCCUAAACCCACCGACCUCCGAGCACCACCGAACAAUACACACGACACCGCGAUACCUCUCCUCCUCCUCUUCCUCUUCCUCCUCGAAACCAAUGACAACAACGACAACAUGGCGCAGAGAACCCCAUCAACCCCCGACAACAACCCACGACCCCACAGCCGACCUCCCAGCACAGCUCUGCGGCGUGAUGCGGAGACUAGCGCACUCGGUCGUCGUCGCCACGGCCACAGAUCGCGCGGGUCGGCCACGGGGCAUGACGAUGUCGAGCUUCGUGAGCUUGAGCAUGGAGCCCGUGCCGCUGGUGACGUUCAACGUCCGGACGCCGAGCCGGACGCUGGAUGCGAUUCGCGAGAGCGGCGGGGUUUUCAAUGUGCAUGUUCUCGCGGAGGGAGGGGAGGGCGCGAGGGUUGCGGAUUUGUUUCCGAGGGGGAACGCUGGUGCCGGGGAGGGGUUGUUUGAGGGGUUGCCUGAGGGGGUUGAGGUUGUUGAGGAGGAUGGGGAGGCGCCUUUACUUGAAGGGAAGGGGGUGUUCUUUGCACAAGAGACCGUCAGGUGA